GUGAUUUUCAGGUGUUCAAGUGCGAUUUAAUCUGAAUUUGUGCAUCUGUCUCCUUCAGACCUAAUUUGUCUAUAACUUGUGGAAAAAUGACUCGUCGUUAUCGCCGUUGGUUCAAACUAAGGCUCUUUUUAGGCUAGCUGUGGGGUGAAGACAUUGACGACUGCAUAAUGACGUCGUCGUCCGUCUCAUCUUCCAGCACAACCACCCCUAAAGUAAUUACUACAUGUAAAGCGGGAUACAUGUCUUUAAUAGAAGUCAGAGCUAUGGGUCUAAUUAAUCGGCGUAGAUACUGGUAUGUUGUGGACGAUUCAUCACCUUAUUUAUAUUGGUACAAGGAUGCGGAUUCGUUAAAAUGUGUUGGACGGGUUGCGUUAGUCUGCAUGGCUCUCACUUAUGAUCCACGAGAAACUGGACGGUUUCACGUAUUGUCCGGUAAUGAUGUGUAUCUUUUGGAAUGCUCAUCGAACAAAUUACGGGAUGAAUGGAUGCAAGUUUUACAAGCUGCUCGUCUUCGCAGCGUUCAAGCGGUGAAUAAUGAUGAGAUUGCGCAUGAAAUUGUCUCAAUGUCUUCUGAACCUUCAUUACCCGCCGUUCCCUCACCAACAGAGUCCGCUCAAAAUCUCAUUGAUGACCUUUUGGGACCUGUUAGCGAUUCGGCAUCAACGUCCACUGAUGAUGGUCGACCUAGGAUUGACAGUCUUUUGAAUGGUCUCGAUAUUAAUGAAGCAGACUCAGAAGAAGAUAAUGCAUAUACUACGCCAAGUUCUACCUUUUAUCUAACUACUAAUGGUGAGCUCAAUGAACACAGCAUGGCUAUGCCGAAGGCAGUUGUUUCCCCAGAAUCUGUUGUAGAACGGAUAUUAGAGAAGACUAAUGAGCAUCUUGAAGCACCCAAACGCGCGCUGCAAAUGGCGCGACGUAGUUUGCGGUUUAAGAAGGAAUGCGAAGUCUGUAAACAGGAAACUGAAAUGAUGAUUGCACGGUGCAUUGAACUUGAAGACGUAAAUGCAGCUUUAAGAGAAGCUGUAGACAAACUUCAACGAGGACUCUUGGUGGCGAGAAAUCAAAAUGACAUAUUGGAACGAAUGCAGACGCUGGCUUGCGAUGAUGAUACGAGAGCUUUACUGCUAGCGAAGGAGACAGAAAUCACAGAUUUGCAGCUUACAAAUAAUCAAAGAUGUAGGCAAAUACGAGAUCUGCAGCAGGAAUUAAGUGCUCAAGAUGCACAUAUAAUCGAACUCAAUGAAUCCGUCGAAGUUCUUCGCGAGAAUCUUCGAAAGAAAGAGGAAAUGUUGAUGAAGAUGUGCGAGGAGAGCGGCAGUGGCGGAUCUGCGUCUGAACGAUCGAUUCCAAAUGGCUUUGCAGUAGAAGAAGGAAUGGAGUUGGAAUCACAGUCAGUGCAAAAAUGUGAAGAAGCUGAGCGAGCUGUGUUUGAGGAGCAAAAUGUUCGUGACGUUAACGAAUUGCGGGAUUUGGUUGAAGGUUACAGGGCGCAAAAUGAGUUCCUUAACAAGGAAAUAGUAUUAUUGCACAAGAUGGUACGAUCGUUAGAAGAGCGUGAGCGCAGUUGGCAACGUCAAUUUGCGGAGGUAGAAGGCUGCUACUACCAGAUGAAGAGUCGCUAUCUUAUGGUUCUGAAUCAUUUCAAAUCUCCUGAAAAACCAAGUAUAAUGAUGGAGCCUGGCAUGCUACAACAAUUGAUGGCCGAAGUUUGCCGAACAUCUAAAGAUACUGUGGAUAGGACCGACGCUUUAGGAUUUUAUUUGAAGGGAAGAACAGAGCAGGGCAGCAGCAAUGGCGAUCUGCUGGAUCUUGCUGCGGAAUGUGCUGACAGGGGAGCGCUAAGCCUUGAAACAGCAAACUUGGAACAAAGCAAAGAAAACAUGCACUGGUUGCAAUCUUGGGAUGCUUUCAUAGUGAAUUGGGUUGGCCGACCUCUAGUCGAGAGCCAAGAGCUGAAAAAUCUAGUCCGAACAGGAAUACCUGAAGCUUACCGUGCUCGAAUGUGGAAGGGGUUAAUUCAAAUGACGCUGAAAGAAAAGUUGACCGAGUUUGGCAAUGGUUAUUACAGUAGCAUGCUCCGGAAGACAUUAUACCAACAGGAGAGUGGAGUUUAUGACACAUCAAUCAAACAGAUUGAUCUCGAUCUCAUAAGAACUCUACCUGCAAACCGAAUGUUCGCCGAUCCAGACUCAGAAAAGGUGAAACAGCUGCGAAGGGUACUGUAUGCAUACAGAAACCAUGACACUGUCAUUGGCUAUUGUCAGGGUUUGAAUCGAAUUGCUGCUGUAGCGUUGUUGUACUUGGACGAAGAAGAUGCGUUCUGGUUUCUUAUAGCCUUUACAGAGUUGCAGCCGCCAAAUUAUUACGCUAGUAAUCUUGUUGGAGCUGUCGCAGAUCAAAAGGUACUUCGGGAUCUUGUGAAUGAGAAACUUCCACGACUUGCGGCCCAUUUGCGACAGUUUGAAGUCGAUUUGUCCUUGUUUGCGCUCAGCUGGUUCCUGACAUGCUGCGUAGAUGUUCUUCCUCAUCAGAUAUAUCUUCCUAUCUUUGACGUAUUCCUUUAUGAAGGAAACAAGUCGCUGUUCCGAUUUGCAUUAGCCAUUUUGAAAUUGUGCGAACCAGCCGUUCUUCAAAGUAAGACUGUCAGUACAGUACAUGCUUGUCUUAGCAAGCCACGACAGUUUGUGCCAGAUUACAAGUCAUUAGCUCAGGUCGCCUUCAAUGACAUGAAUCCAUUUCCGUUGAAACAGAUCGAGACGAAGAGAGCAUUAUAUUUGACGCAACUGCAGAGACGACGAUAGUCAAGACUUUCCAAGGUAAUGGUCAUAUGCUUGUCUCCGUAAUCCACUCAAGUCACCAGUUCCAGUUUACGUUCUGGUCGCAUUUGCUAGAGUAGACCUAAGUUAACAGAAUAUUUGUUCCUGCUUUUGCACAUGAAUGUGUUCGGAAGGAUUCCCUUUCACUUUUUCCAUUCUUCGUUGAGUGCUUCCUUUUUGUGGAGCAGGAGUAGAAAGUUGUGUUUGCUAGGGGCCUCAGC